AAAUAAUAAAUCGAGUCAUAAUUUCACAAACAUAAACAAACGGAACAAAAGGAUAAUUGUGUAAUUCUAAAUUCUAAAAAAAAAGAAAGCAAAAUGCAGUUAAAACUAUUGCUUCGUGUGCCUGCAAGAAAUUUUCAUAUUUCUUAUGGAAAAUCGGUCGCUUCCGUCAACAAUAUUCUAAACGAGGGUCAAAAUGAAAUUCAAACCCAAGCCCAAGCCCAUGAGCAUAAAUUGAAAAUGUCUGGCUGGCAAAUACAUAAUUAUGGAGAUUUCGAUGAAUUACUAUUUUCGGACAGAUUAAAGGUGCCACAAAUAAAACAAUCUAAUGAAUGCUUAGUCAAAGUUCAAGCGACUUCAAUAAACCCGAUUGAUGUGGCCAUGUUGGGCGGAUAUGGUGCUGCUGUGCUGAAAGUUUUACGUUGCCAGCCAAAUGUUAUAGAAUUUCCUUUAACCUUGGGACGGGAAUUUUGUGGAACCCUAAUACAGAAUGGCAUGAGUGUUAACAAUUUUAAAUUGCCGGUCGGGCAAAGGGUGUGGGGUGUAGUUCCGGUGCAAAGUACUCAAGGAGCUCAUGCUCAAUAUGUGCGUGUUCCAGAUUAUUGUGUUGGUAUGGUACCCGAAAUUUUAACAAAUACAGAGGCUGCUUCUGUUUUAUAUGCGGGUCUGACAGCUUGGUCUGGUAUCUACCUUACCGCUCAGCUAGGAGGAGUUUGUGGUGCCUUAACUGCCGAUGGCGGUGGCGCUAACAAACGUGUGCUGGUUUUAGGUGGUUCGGGUGCUGUAGGUUCUUUAGCUAUUCAAAUCCUGAGAGCUCAAGGUAGUCAAGUAUUAGCUACCUGUAGCGAGAAUGCCACAGAAUUAGUACAAAAUCUGGGAGCUGAUUGUGUGAUCGAUUACCGUAAUCCUUCAAAAAUGGCUACUCUUCGUAAUUUUGCGCCUUAUGAUUUAGUGCUUGAUUGUUCUGGUCAGGGCUCAGAAGCUGCGGAGACUUUAGACUUUAAAUACGAUCAAUACGUUACAUUUUCUUCACCGUUACUGAGAAACAUCGAUAGCUCUGGCGUAGGAUUAGGUUUAUUAAAAAAUUUCGCUAAUAUUUUGGAAGCAAAUGUGAAAUCACUAACAAACAGUAAAGGUUUAAUCAAAUAUGGUUUCUUCAUCCCAGCUCCACAAGGUAUUGAAUUACUAAAACAACUGGUGGAACGUAAGAAGCUUCUACCACUUAUUGACAGUUGCUAUAAAUUUGAAGAAUUGCCGGAAGCUUUCAAGCGUGUUAAGGCGGGUCAUUUGCGUGGUAAAGUUGUAGUUACUCUAGACUAAAUAUUAAUUUUGAUAAGUGCUAAUAAGUAAAUGCGUUGCAUUGAUUCACUUUGGAUUGAAGUAUUGGUAGCAUUAAGUAAAUUAUUAUUAUUAAAGACUGCACCGAGCUGAUUUUUUAUGGCAAAAAAAACAACAAAAAAAGACGAAAAUAUAGCGCAACGCGAAAGUAAACAAAAGACCUAACCCUCUUGCUUGAUAUUCCAAAUAUUUUAAAAUUUUUAAGUUCUCGCACCGUUCCUACGAAUCAUCAAGUUAAAAAAUUGCUUAAUCGUCAAAAACACCAAAGAAUUGUAGGAAGCUUUUGUAACUGGGUAGAAACAUUUAAUUGUGCCGACUAAUGCGAAAGCUCUUAUUUAUUUAGAGAUUAGAAGUGCACGAACUGCAAGAGUAUUUUAAGGAUACAAUCGUUUUAAUAUAGAUGUAACGAUAACAUAAUUAUAAGAAAGAUAUAUUAAAGGUCAACACUUUUUUUUUUUUUGAUGAUCUAAUUGCUUAAGCGAUAUUCAUCGCAAGAUGCCAUGAAGCGAACUUACUUGUUGAAUU